GUGGCUGAAGUUUGAGGAGGACGUGGAAGAUGGCGGCGAGCGCUGGAGCAAGCCCUACGUGGCCACGCUGUCCUUGCACAGCCUCUUCGAGCUGAGGAGCUGCAUCAUCAACGGGACGGUGCUGCUGGACAUCUGCGCCAACAGCAUCGAGGAGAUUGCAGACCUGAUCCUGGGCCAGCAGGAGCAAUCCAUGGAGUCUGACGAACGCAUGCGGGCGAAAAUUCGAGAGGUCCUUUUGAAGAAGCAUCACCACCAGAACGAGAAGAAGAGGAACAACCUCCUCCCCAUCGUCCGUUCCUUUGCCGAUGUGAGCAAGAAGCAGGCGGAGCUGCACCUCCUCGACAAGCCAGCCCAAACCCUCACCCCUAAUCCUUCUCCCACCACCGCAGAAGCUAAAAACGGGGUGAACCAUGAGAGCAGCGCCAUGGAUUUAAGCAAGGCGGAGCUGCACUUCAUGAAGAAGAUCCCCACCGGGGCGGAAGCGUCCAACGUGCUGGUGGGGGAGCUGGAUUUCCUUCGCCAGCCCAUCGUGGCGUUCGUCCGCCUGACCCCGGCCGUCCUCCUGUCUGGCAUGACAGAAGUUCCCAUCCCCACAAGGUUCCUGUUUGUUUUACUUGGACCAGAAGGAAAAGCCCAUCAGUACCACGAGAUCGGCAGGUCCAUGGCUACGAUCAUGACGGAUGAGGUUUUCCAUGACGUUGCCUAUAAGGCCAAGAACCGGGCUGACCUCGUGGCCGGCAUCGACGAGUUCCUGGAUCAGGUCACAGUUUUACCACCGGGAGAGUGGGACCCAUCGAUCCGAAUCGAGCCCCCGAAAAACGUCCCUUCGCAGGAAAAAAGGAAGAUGCCGGGAGCUCUCGAUGACAGCGCUGCUCACAGCAAGCCGGAGAAACACAGCGGUCCCGAACUGGAGCGGACGGGAAGGCUCUUUGGGGGUUUGAUCCUGGAUGUGAAGCGAAAAGCCCCGUGGUUCUGGAGCGACUUUCGGGACGGUCUGAGCCUGCAGUGUCUGGCGUCCUUCCUCUUCCUCUACUGUGCCUGCAUGUCCCCCGUCAUCACCUUUGGGGGGCUGCUGGGGGAGGCAACCGACGGCCACAUAAGCGCCAUGGAGUCGCUGCUGGGUGCAUCCAUGACCGGCGUGGUGUAUUCCCUCUUUGCGGGCCAACCUCUCACCAUCCUUGGCAGCACCGGCCCCGUCCUCGUCUUUGAGAAAAUCCUCUACAAAUUCUGCAA